AUGACACUUGACAGGGCGGCGCAUGCAGCACAGAGCGCAAUGUACAUUGAAGCACUGAACGCGAUGGCGCCCUCUCAGCUAGUGUGGCAGCUCGUUAAGAACUACAACUGCUUCCUGCACAAGGGCCUCAAUGGCUCGCAAUUUUCUGCGGAGCCGGGCAAUCUUUACAAUCUGAACUCCUACAAGUACUCAGGGAUUGCUAACGAGAAGAUUGUGCACGUUGAGGCUGCUGAGGAGGGCUCAUUUGCUGUGACUCGGAACAUCCCAAAGAAUUCCAACAAGCCCAGGGACUCGCGGUCCAAAGCCACCAAGAAGAACAAGAACUUCAGGCGGGCAGCAAUAAGGCUAGGAAAGGAGGUUCACACAGUCAGGCCAGACCUGAAGAAAGCAGCAUUGGCUCGGGCCAGCGCGGUGAACAAGAGCCAGCGUACCACAGCAGCCAAAUCGUCUUAGACAAGUAUGUGGGACCAGUGUGAACAUUUGAGGGAACUCCAACACUGCACGCCAGAAAGACAAUGUGAGAGUGAGAUAAUGUAGCUGUAAAGAGGUGUACCGGUAUCUGCUGGUCGGUUCCAUCCUGAAUCAUGAUCACUUGCUCUGCGGACAAGGUGGUGAGACACAUAAUCUAUAAAUGACUAUUCUCAAUUCGCUUCAUUUCUGUGUUCCUCUUUAAAACCAUCUCUUGAC